GCGGCGAUCUUCCUGCCCUUCCUGAUCCUCGUGGUGAUUCUGAUCUUGACCUUAAGAGGCGGAACGCGGGGGGGAUCUCGGUCACGUUGGUACCCAGUAAGUCACAAGACCCACGGCCCCAACAGUGACACUUAUCAGCUUGGUCACACGUUCGUCUUCUUUGGUGAAUUUUAAUGGAGCAGGCAGGCAGCUCCUUUCUUGUCUGACUGCUAAUUAAACUUACUGUUGCUUCUGUGAUUAUGGAAGACCAAGAUGAUUGUGAAUUGAAUAUCAGGGAGGUGCAAGUAGCUAGUAGGUCUAAGAUGGGUGGCGCAGUGAAUACAUGGUCGCUAUGGCCUGUGUUGACAAUAGACCGCGCUACCCGUGCUAUAGCUCACAGAGUGCGACAGAAGCGCUCCCGGCCGUUGCAAGCCAUCGCAUGGCAGGAGCACAAUUUUGUUUAUUUUUCUGCGAUGCGAUCCGCCUGUUUUGUGCUGUCGGACGCCGGGCGACAGUACUAGAGUGACCCCUCCCCGAAGCAUACUUCUCCCAUAUCUAUUUGCACCCAGGCCCACUACGUAGCCGCGCCUGUAUUUCCAACUUUCUACUUCUGUUCAUACAGAGCGAAGUACUUUUCGGUCAUGAGCUCGCCAACUACUACACCUAGACGCAGUAGGCGACGGAUGGGAGUAAUGUCGAUUAAGAGGAAAGGCAAUUCAGAACUCAGUAACUACUUGCCAUCUGCUGUUCCCUAAUUAUAGUACUAUUGGGCAAUGCGAUGAAUGUAAAUCAUUUCAAUGAGUUUAGUUAUACAUAGGUUCUCUGUUGUUGUAGACUUCUUCCUGAAAAUCAUUCUUGAAUUUUUCAUAUUGGGCCUCAUUGUGAAUCAUUUUUUUGGAUGGUGUCUGUGUCUUUUUUUUUCGUCUUCUAUUUUUUCCACAACAGGAGGAAGGCCAGUGCGGCGUGGUGUUACACCUUACAAAGGUUAGGGUGGUCACUGAUGUCGUAACUAAUAUUUUGUGUAAUAAAUAAGGUUAAGGCAAAGCAGAGUGCAUCCCGUUAGACAGUAUGAUCUUUGGCUUCGUUUUCAACGGCACAUCGUUCCCUUUGACGUUUUUUUCCGAACGAGUCACCCAUGUGCUUUUAGAUUCACCAUGUUGAGAGAGAAAAUAGAGAGUCAAGAAGUGUCAUGGUGGUCUGAAGGUGAGAAAGUCGAUUAUCGAAGACGGUGAGCUAAAUGGGGUUGGGGCUAGUUGUAAGUAGUAGCAGAGUUACACUCGUAGUUUGGCUUCGGCUCGCUGGGCAAGGCUGACGUGGAGACCUCUUUGUUUUGAAUGGAGUGCCUUCGUCGCCUCUUGUGUUUCUAGAAAAUAGACGUAACUGAUGAUUAUAAGUCUAGCUGGGUAAUGGUCAUGAUUUCUGACGUACACCUCGUGUUUGGUAAAUGAAUGAAUGAAUGAGUGAAUUUCCGCUGAAAAAGUUAUGGCGACCGAAUUUGUCUACUCCAGUUAUAAUAUCACGACUGGCGAACAGUAUAAAUAUGCACUACAAGGGUCGUUCUUUCAUCGAAGAGGCCAUGUCCUCUACCAAUGGCAAAAUAUGUAAUUCUAAAAAUUGCUGGCAUUGGCAACAUGAGGAAGAUGAAGGAAGCAUUACAGGCAUCGCCGAAUAGUCACAGGUCCUAUCGGUAAAAGUUCUAGCCGUCUUCACUUCGUGCGUAUUCAUAGCUGUGCUGUUGGUUGUUGAAGAAGAACGAGAAAAGCAUCUUCUUGCCGCAUUACAUAUUAAAGACUACAUAGGAGCACUUCUUAAUCCACAUAUUAUGGGGAAGUAGGCUUGGCUAUCGAUACUGAGUAAAGUCAUUAUAGUCUUCGUCAUAUUUUGAACUAUCGACAUUGAUAGAGCAAAAGAUACUAGUACAGAACUAGUCAGCUAGGGCGGUGCCCUGCGGAGGCAACUCGAUUGUGGGUCUGUUUGUUCCUCCGUUAUCCAGCGCCGCCGCUCGUUAGACGGCCGCAUAUAGUUGAUUGAUUGGCUGGCUGGCUGAUUGGCUGACUGACUGACUGACGGGUAGCGAAGCUGAAGCACUGAAAGGAAAGCGCAUCAUCGUGAAAGAUAAAGACAGCUCUCGCGUGAAAAAUCAGACGCGUCGAUAUAAUAGAAUCACGCGCCCGCGUGUUUGCUUGUCGUCAUAUUAAUGCUAAAGAGAUGCGCGCAAGCGUCUUCGUGUGUGUCUAAUUUUUUCCCCUACCCGUGUCUCAACCUGCUUCCCCGGUGUUUCCUUUGGUUCUGUAUCCGUGUCGCAAUCUGUUCCCUCCGUGUCUCUUUUGGUUUUUCUGUACCCGUGUCUUUAUGAUCUGCUUCCCCGGUAAGUAUCUCUUUUCAUUCUGUGCCCUUCUCUCGUUAUUAUUAGUAGCCUGCUUGGACUUGGUUAUUCAUCAACAUUCGAGAUCGAGCGACCGAAAACCGAAAUAAGGAAGCAGGACUCGGGCUACCGCGUUUCGCCUCCUGACUAUGUAAGCGAGUAGUAACUGACUAGAAUAGCCGAGAUACUGAACAAGGAAGAGUAGCCUGCUGGAGCUACCUGUGCAUCCCUUAUUUCAGCCAGGAGCGAACUGCUUCUAGAAUUCGACUAGGUCAUAGGACUUCGCAGCCAACAACUUUUACCAGGUCGGUCUUCGGUUAUGUUUGACGAAGGAGGCCUUUGAAUACUCACCCCUAGCACUUUUACAGCUUGAAAAUUGGGGGUGGACUCAUGAUCGAGAGAGCCUAUCCUAAAAAUCUAGCUGCGACACGAAGAGGGCUGACGCGUGUAUGUGUUGCAUUCCUUACGUGGUAAAAGUGUUAAUAUGGUUUCUUUUUGCAGCGUUCGAGGGCUUAUAUUGUUUAAUAUGAAGAGAAUGAACUCACUGCGUAAAAGCUGCAGCGGGCUAUUUAUUAAGUAGCCGGAGGCGCCUGGAGGUGGGGUCUAAACCUCACAAGGGAGACAGCGCAGGGACGAACUAGGCCACAGACAUGCCUGGGCAAUGUUGUGGCGCCACUCUGCUCGCCCCUUCCAGUGACUGUCACUCGACUGCUGAAAGCCGGCCGCGUUUUCUUUGAUUUGGUGGAAUAAGCUGCUGGUGCUGACGUGAUUGACCUACUGAGUACGAGUAGGUGACCUCAUGGCCCUACUUCUUCAGCAGGGUUCUGAUUAAGUCUAUCUAUAUACAGGCACCCGCAUACCCAUUCAUAUUCAUAGGUAAUUUCUCACUCGGCAUUCUUGCUCUCCUUGUGAGGUACAGGAGUGCUGAUAGGGCUUACCCCUGGCAGUGAGCUCAGGAGGAGAGGCAAGACGCUGGCGUGACGCGCUCCUUGUUGAUUGUACAAAAGUAGAACGCUCGCGCCGUUUAUACAUGUUGAGGAGAGUAGUUUUUCCACCAAAACAGACUGAGAAGUCGCGCUAGCGCAAGUCCGUCGCUAUGUCUCUAAAGCGGUGCUAUGAUUGUAUUAAUACAUAGAAGAACACCCUCACCCAGGUGAUCUGUAGCACAUACAAGGCCACUCUCAUCCAUUGAACCUGAAGCAAUAGAUGAUCAUGGCUUUCCUUUUAAACGUUGCCAGACCCGCACCUCCCUCGAUAAGGAUUCAGUAGGAGACUAUUCAUAAAUAUGAAGACUCGGGUUUCUUAGGACAU